ACGGCGCAAGAGCGAAAAGGAAAAUCCGUGUUCUACAAUAAGUAUCCAGUUCAGCUCUGUGUCAUUCUGAAGCUGUUUAUACGGACACAUUUGGCACGGCGAUCUCUAGUGCUGAAGUAACGGGUUGAGAGGCAGAUCGAGCGGAAACGAGAUGUUUUUGUAUAAGAAUUAGAUGUGGAUUUUGGAUAGCCGAAGUCUUGGGCGUUAUCUCCACUUUUGUUCAUUUAUUUAGUGUCGGACUGAAAACAGCCGAGGCUGAGCGCAUCUGAUCCUCCCGGAGCGCUCGGCGCUGCUGAUGAGGGCUCUGUCGGCGUGAUCCGUGCGCGAUGGCCGCUUCGGGCGGACAGAAGAGUGAGAAGUUAGAUGAAGCUCAGGCUCUAGCGAGGAGGUGCGCAGGGAGACCGGACUUUCUGCCCUGUGAUGGACUAUCCAUCUGCGCCACACACAGUCACGGGAAGUGUUUCAAGCUGCACUGGUGCUGUCAUCUGGGCUGGUGCCACUGUAAAUAUGUCUACCAACCCAUGACCAGUGUAUGCCAACUUCCCAGCACGCCGGUUCCAGUUGCCCCCUCAGGUCACACUCUCACCAUGAACCUGUCUGUUUCCUUGACCGAGCGCUUUCUCAGGACAGCCCCCAAGUUCAAGGCUCCACCCUGCCCAGAGUCGCCUGAGUUCUGUAUAAUCUCUGACCUCUUUGUGGAUGAUUACAUGGUAAAACGUAUCAAUGGAAAGAUGUGUUAUGUGCAAAGGCCGCCUCCACCUACACCAAAGUCUACACACCGACCCCAAACACCGGCACCUCAACCUGCACCCCAACGUACUAACAAGCACACACGGCAGGUGGGCCCAACUAUUAAGCACAGCCAACCAAACGAGAAGAGCUCAGGCCCUAAAAUGGACCACUGCUCCUCUCCCUCCAGCUCAGAAGACUCUGGAAUCAAUGCAUUUGGUCUGCACUACAUGGAAUCCUGCGAUGAGGACUUCUUUGUGGAUGAUGAUGAUGAGGAAGAAGAGGAUGAUGAGCUGAGUACCGAUGGAGACUCCAGUCCUGGUAGCCUCUGGGAUCAGGAUGAGUGCACUUUACUGUCACCAUCCAAAUCAAUGGUUGAGAUCAUUGAGAAGAUUGAGACAACGGUUUGAAGUGCCUGUCAUUAAAUACCACAGUUGAAAUUCCUCAGUCUCGGAAAUACUUCCCUACACUAUCCUACCAGCAGGUGCAUGCGUUUAUUGAGCCAAUGCAGCACACGCUCCCUUUUAUGGCUGCGCCAUCCGAGGUUGUCCCAGAAGAACCCUCGAGAGAUGAGUCAUGGCAACUCUCUCUGCAGUACUUACUACAACUCUUAUUUUCCCUCUAGUCCCUUAUGCAUGGUGAGGCUAAUGUAGGUUAAACGCAAGUAAAUGCGCUGACAAAUACAUAUUGUGAGAAAUUCACCCAAAUGGGACUCAAAAGAUGAAUAUUUCAUGGAUGCAAAGAUUUAAGACAGUCAAACUCAAAAAUAUGAUGCUAUGACUCUCCUUAGAAGGAUCAGAUACACUCUGUCCAAUGCAUAGAAAUGGAAGAGGGCAUGGCUGAUACAAUAUAAAAAGACCUAGACUAAGAUGGUCUGUGUGUUUUAGAAGGAUGAAGAGAACGCUAGAGAGAACCUUUCAACAUCCUCCUGUUAGAGAAUCAGUCAGAACAGUGGUUAAAUCAUGCAUGAGCUCAGAGGAUGGUAAAGAAACUUUGCGAUAAAAAAGAGAUUGAGGUUCGUGCUUGAGGGAAUACCCCUUUUCUUAAACUCUCUCACAUGCAGAGAUUCCUUGGAGGCAGUCAAGUGUUCAUUACCAGACAUUUCUUGUCUGGCACCAGACUGUGGGGUGGAUCAGUCCUCCCAUCGUCAUAGUCUUCAGAGUUUGUGGCUUCUUUAGGAGUGGAAAACAACUUUUUGACAAUCAGAAAAAGUAGGCUUAAGCUAAAUUCUGCAAAUAAUAUUAGAAUAAAAUUGCGUUGCUCAUACCCCAAGAAUCCCAUUGUGGUCUAUGUUCCAUUCUGUCAAGCACACAUUGGCAAAGCCAGAGGACUGCUUAAUGGCCAUUCACACAAGAUGUGUUUUUGUUUCCAUCUUCCCUAUUUUUUAAUUGUUGGUCAAUAUAAAUGUGCUGGACACAUGCUAUUGUCCCUUGCUGUUUUUAUUAAAGGUGCAUUUUAAGGGAUAGUUCAUCCAAACAUUACAAUUCGGAUUUAAUUUACUCACUGUUAUGUCUACACAAAUCUGUAUGACUUUCAUCUGUGAAAGAUUUUGAGAUUUUUUUGAAGAAAUUAUUUUGUAUAUAUUGUAAUUUGCAGGAUGCUUUUGGCAAAACAACUUACAUUGGAUUCAAGGUAUACAUUGUAUAAGGUAAACAUUGUAUUAAACCCAUAACCUAGGCAUUGCUGGUAGCAUGCCUGAGCUACAGGAACGCUAAAAACCAGCUUUCAGGUCAUUUCUGUCACCCUGUCUAGCUGUAUUUAACGCAAGAAUGCACCCUAUGUGAAGGGCCCCUUAAGUGUCUCUUUGGCUUUAGGGUUUAAGAACAUUUGGCCCAUUCAGACUUACCAUAACAUAUCUGGAUCUUUUUUUAAUCAUUGUAUUAAAAUAUAUCUUAUUAUAUUAAGACAAAUUUUACAUUUCCAAGUACAUAUAUAGACUAGCCCAAAAUGUAAAAAAAAUAUAUAAAAAAAAUGUAAAAAUAAAAACACACGACCUAUGUCGGGUCUAGGGUGAAAAGAAGUGUUUCUUCUUGACACGCUUCUACCAUCCCCAACCCAAUGGUGCAGGUAUGAUUCUCUCCUUGUUACUGAAUGAAUGAAUAAGACUAUCCCUGUCUCUGCAGUUUUGAUAUCAGGGACUGAUGUAGCUACAAAUAUAUACUGUAGACAUGCAAAUGUUUAUCAAAUAUUAAAACAUGCCCUAUUGUUUUGCUUUUUUCUCGUAUUAACUAUUGUUAACUCACCUCAUAUUUUUUCUUAUAAAGAA